AGGUGCCUGCGGUGACCUCAGCUUUGCUCCCUGCCGUGUUGUGCCCAACUGGCGAGGGUGUCGCGGCUCCGGGCAUCCUCUUCCCACCCGAGAGGUUUCGGAAGCGGGCUAGCCCUCCUCGGCUCUGCCCUCGGUGACGCGCGGAGGGAGACUCGGGGAGGGAAAACUUCCUCUGCAUGGAAAAUGACACUUUUAAAUAUCAAAUCCACAGCCUGGUCAUACUUUCUGAUUACACUAGGAACUAAAACGUUAAGUUCUUUCUUCAGUUUCUACUAUGUGAAACUUUUCUUGGAACUAUACAAGGUUUCAGAGUUGGCCUUCUAUCAGUCCCAGGUAAUUUUAAUGAUCUGGAAUGUUCUCAGUGACCUGAGUGGGUACUGUUGCAUGAACUCUCAGUAUGAUUGCGGUCUAAAUUACCAUUGUUCUCUGUUUGGAGCCCUCUCGCAUGCGGUGGCCUUGCUCCCUUGGUUCCCUUGGAAACACUACCGAGAAGGUGACUGGCUUAGUGGACUCCAGCUGGUCGUCUCCCUGGGCGCACUUGGCAGCACCCUUGCCUGGGUGCAGCAAGCCCAGAGUGGCUUGUUUGCGGAAACCUCCCCCAAGCAUGAGAGCAGGUUGCAGCGGAGCAGAAGGAGUCAAGCAGCAUCUCUGGCGGGCUCCACCAGCAUCCUUUUCUGUAGCCUCAUCUCUCACAACAUGGAGAGCCUGCCCAAAUUCAAGACCGUUACUGUCAUCGUCGCUCUCCUGGCAGCUACCAGUCUUUACCGUGGCGUGUUCCAUAAGAAACCCCGAGGGAAACUUCCUUUCCAGAGUGAACAGGCCUCGUGGACCUCGGCCAUCUUACUGAUGAGACAAAUCUUGUCACAAAGGAACUUCUUUCUUUUUCUCAUCGUGAAUUUCCUCCAAGUCUUCCAUUUGACCGUGUUCAGUAACUUCAUGAUGAUCUUUGCAGAUAACCUCAUUCCCAUCAAGGCUCUUUCUUCUUCCGUGAGGAGCAUCAUGUUCAGGGCUGGCUUCAUCUGCCCUCAGUGCCUGGUACUUCUAGGUCAGUCCUGGCUGAAGAAAUAUGGUUACUAUAAGGUUAUCUUAAUUUCUUUCUACCUAGAAGGAGUAGCCGCCGUCAUCACGUUACUUCUGAGACAGGAAUAUUUUUACCGUUUGGCUGUUCAUCUCACUGUUAUCAGGUAAAUUGUACAUGCCUCUUUUUGCCUAUUUAACUUGCCACUGGCUGACAUGAUCGAUGCAGAUUUACUGAAGUUCAACAGGCAGUCUCCUCUUUCCUUUAUGGUUUUUGGCAUCAGUGCUUUGUUUACCAGACCUGCCCAGUCUUUAGCUCCCAUGUUAGUACUGUCUAAGCUAAACCAGGAUGGAUAUGGAGAACUAGACAACAGAUAGAUCCUAGAUCUUCAAGACAGCAUCUUUGGUUUGGUUUGUGUGGUCCCGAUGGGCAUCGCAACAGUGCAGAUUCUGGCUUGGAGCUCCUUCUCCAUCAGGAACAGAACAGACUGUUCGGGAGGGAUUGUGUAAGCACAGCGGC